AUGUGUACAGGUAAUCUCCCGUUCGAUCUAGCUCCUUACAUGGCAUCUAUUCCUCAGGCUACUUGUGCGUUUAAGGAUUUGUUUGAAGUGCUUGGAGUCAAAAGGAACAUCGACACAAAUUCGGAAGCUCUGGUUGAUAUACUACAUGAAAUCAAGAGAAAAUGUGACGCACAGGGAGAAAAUGUUAUCUUCCAACAAAGACAGCGCCAACUUGUACUGCAGAUCCUUCACCAUCUACAUGCCACAGGAGAGCUCUCAGAAGAAGCUCGGGUACGCUUAAUCGUUCCAUCGCAAACAAGAAAAUGUCAUCUCAUUCCAGUUGAUGAGAGCGCAUACGUGGACAGAGACUGGUUGAGACAAAGCACCGACAAUGAGGAGAUGGAUGACGAUGAAGACUUUGCUUUGAUUCAUUCAGAUAUCUCAAUGGACCUUGCAAUAUUCCUCCAUGUACGACCUGUCAGUCGACUUCUCCUAGAUUCAGAAGAAUUGCACGGUUUCACACAAGCAGGGCAGCAUGAACCCCUGACUAUGCGCUUGUGGAACAUUCUCAAGAACAACUAUUCGGACACCGCUAUCGUUAGUGAAAUGAUACAGAAUGCGGAAGAUGCAGGAGCUCAGGAAGUUCGCUUUCUCAUCGACAUGAGAAAUAACGAAAGUGCUAUCCAGAAACUAUUCGAUCCUGAAAUGAAGUCUUGUCAGGGACCAGCCCUUUGGGUAUACAACGAUGCCGUAUUCACAGACCAAGACUUUGAAAACAUUCUCCGUCUUGGAGGUCGCACCAAAGAAAAGGACGCUGAAAAGAUUGGGAAGUUCGGGACCGGUUUCAACUCGGUGUACCGCAUAACUGAUGUUCCAAGUUUUGUUAGUAUGAACUACAUGCAGUUUUUCGAUCCUCAUACCACACACCUUGGAAACGUUCUCCCGAACAAGAGUCAACCCGGUGUACGUCUCAGAUUGAAUAGCACUAAAGCACUCCAGAGAUUCCCAGAUCAGUUCAAGCCUUUCAAUGGAGUGUUUGGGCUCGAUCUCAGUGGAGGAAAUGAGCCAUUCAACUACAACGGAACACUCUUUAGACUGCCCCUCCGUUCGAAAGAAGCUGCUCAGAAAAGCCAAAUAUGCAAGGAGAGCUACGAUGAGGAAAAACUGAUCAACCUGAUGCAGAAAAUGUGGGAAUCAUCACAAAACCUCCUGGUGUUCACCAAAAGGGUAAAGAAGGUUGCGCUGUUCUACCUUUCUGAGAAUUCUAUCGAUCCUUCUAGGGCUGAGAAGUUACUCACCAUAGAGAAGACCGUGCGAUCUCCUAGGUUGAAGGAGAAUAAUACGGCCAUUUCAACUGAAUCAUUCCGCUGCACAAUGACUGCAAAGGGAAAUGAAGUGAUGUCACUGAAACCAGAAGUUAGUGGAGACCUGGACAUUGUCAAAGUGAUAUGCAAGACUUCAGAACAGGCGGCAGCUCUCGCAAAAACUCCGGAUGGCAAAGAGUGUGGACUUUCACCUGAAGGUGCAGUUGCCUUUCCUUUUCAUAGACUACCAAUGUCUACAUUUGAGAAAAAGGUCUACUGCUUUCUUCCCCUCUCAAUUAACAGCAUGCUCCCGGUACAUAUAAACGGAUCUUUUGCUGUAAAAGAGGACCGAUGGAGUCUUCACAUGCCAGUGCCCGAUGGAAGGUUGAUAUCUGAGAAAUGGAAUCACAUUAUUCUGGCAGAUGUGAUAUGCAGAGCGUACGUUGCACUCUUGUCUGACAGUGAGUUUAUUCAACAAGUGAAGGACACAUACGGAUCUGAUAUGUCUCCUGAACAGUUGUGGCCGGAUGCUGAUGAAGUACCAAAGAUUUCAGAAUGUUCAGCACUGUUUGAUGCUUUCUACAAGGCAAUGGUACAUGGGCUUGAUGGCCGUGAACCAUCGUUGUUCUGGAAAGAUGGCACAUUGCAUCAGUUCACGAAUGUUGUGUUCCUUAGUGAAGAAGUUCAAAAGGAGACAUCCGUCAGUGAUGUAGUAACACAGGUACUAAGCGAACAUCUCCCAUCAAAAGAAGUGAUGUCAUUGACCGAGAAAACUUGGAGAGCCCUAAAGAGAGUACAGCUGAUAGACGAAGUUCUCAAGAGAACCUAUGAUUUCAACAGGUUCUUCCAUGAAGCUUUCCUAUCACAAAUCAGUCAGGUGCCGGACAACAUCAGAAAUCAACUGGUUCUGUUUGCACUCAAUAAAAGUGAAGACACACUACAGCAGAUGCUUAAAGAUGUAGAAUGCAUACCAGUAGAAGGAGGAACUGAACUGCGGAAACCGUGUGAUCUAGUACACCCGAAAGGCAAAGCUGCGCCUUUGUACUCGGAGUCUGACGAGGUUUUCCCUCUGGGAGAAAAAUUCAAUGCCACCGACACAUUGGCGUCACUAACUAAGCUAGGAAUGGUGAAAGACUAUCUUCAUGCGGAUAUUUUCGUCGAACGAUGCGAGACUGUUCACAUUCUGCAUUCAAGCUGUAUGGAAGGAGCUCAAACGAGAUGCCAUGCUGUACUGAAGUAUCUGUCGGAGAUGUUGGGGAGUGAUUGGAAUAAGAAGAAAAACCUCAAAGAACGGCUGGCCAGUAUACCAUUCUUGCCUAUCUUGUGUGAGGGAAACAGAGAUCCAGCUCUACCGUGGGUGGAAACGGACUCUUGUGCUUAUGCAUCUGCGAAUGAUGUGUACUCUCAUUCUAAAACAUAUUUGGUAAGCAGCACGUCAAACGUUGUGGAUGAAUCAGAAGAGUGGAAGCUUCCCUUGACAGUCGAGCAUUUCCUUGGUCUUGUAGAUAAAUAUCCCUCUGUCCAAGAUGUACUCAGGCAGUUUUCAAACUUUCGUAGUCACUACGAAAUGAAUACUGAAUGCAUUUCUGGUCAUCAGUUACAAAUGAUAUGCAAGGCGGUCUACGAGCGUGUUGAAAUUGCUUGUAAAGACAAUAGUCCAGACAUCUCCAAGGAAGAUCUUCAAAAUCAAUCAUUCUUCCUUGUAGAUCGCAAGUUUGUAGUGGCCUCUGUGGUUGCCGAUGGAGGUAGAGAUCUUCCGCCGUAUCUAAAUAAAGCUUCCCAGUUCCUGAAAAAGUAUCCUACUCUUCUGGAACGUGCAUCAUUGAAGAGGGAAUUUGAUGCCGGAGACUAUCGAGGUGUUCUCCAAUCUAUACACGAUGAUAGCAGUGGGAAACCUUUAGACGACGAGGUCUUGGAGGUUGCUAUCCUAGCUGCCGAUCGACUUGCCAGUUUCCUAAAAGAUCAUGAUGAUGGGAAACCAAUUCAAGAUACAUUUCUCCCAGAUGAGCACAUGUGCAUGAGGCCUGUAUCAGAUCUCUGCUAUAGGGACGUUAACUGGUUAGAACACGACGAAGUCAAACACCAUAAGUGUCACAUUAGAAUCAGUUUUAUGCUAGCAAAAAAGCUGAAAGUGAAGGAUGUUCGACAACAGAUGCUCUGGCCACAUGAAAUGGAUUUCCCAGAAGAAUUUGGCCAGCAUGAGGAACUUACAAACCGUAUCAAGAGAAUUCUUGAUUCAUACCCGUCUGAUGAAACAAUACUAAAAGAACUUCUUCAGAAUGCAGAUGAUGCUGGGGCAACUCAAAUCCACUUUGUCUACGAUCCUCGCUUACAUAAUGGAAAGAAGCUUCUAGGCGAUAACAUGAAAGCUUUGCAGGGUCCUGCUCUUUGUGUCUUCAACAACAAGUCUUUUACAGAUGACAAUAUUCGUGGGAUACAGAAUCUUGGAGAAGGUAGCAAAGCUGAUCACAUGGGAAAGAUAGGCCGUUAUGGGGUCGGUUUCAAUGCCGUGUAUCAACUCACGGAUUGCCCAAGUUUCAUCUCCAAUGCUUCGACACUCAACAAAAACGUAUGGCGACCUACAGAGAUUCGGAAGCUACUACAAGAUUUUGAGGAUGCUGCAUUCGAGAGUCUUUUGUUUCUGAAAAACAUCACUAAAAUCAGCAUAUCAGAGGUAACAAGAUCAGGAGUUAUUGGCUCUACUCAUGCUAUCACAGCAGAGAUAACCGAAGUGGAAGGUGAAAAGAAAAUGGAUUUCCUGCGCAAAGUUCAAGAUAUCAGUAGCGCAGAACAGGAUGGCUCCCGGAAACCAGAACCAGCAGGAGUCAUAUACCAGAUGAGAUUGAAAGGGACAGGAAGAGAUGAGGAUUGGGUGAUAUGUCAGCAAGUAGGAAGUACAGACACGGCUGAAGAAAACAUAAUGCGAAAACGUAAACUACUUCCAGUGGGGGCUGUUGCUGCCCGUCUGACAGGAAAAGAAGAGGGACUCGAAGGAACGGCUUUCUGCUUCUUACCCCUUCCCAUUGCAACGGGACUACCAGUUCACGUGCACGGAUACUUCGCCUUAGACCAUGAGAGUAGAAGACACUUGUGGGAAGGUAGCAAGACAGAUGAAAAAACAAAGUGGAACUUUCAUGUCACCCAGAAAGUUAUUGCACCGGCUUAUGUGAAUUUGCUGUUGUGGAUAAAGGAAUUCUUUGUCAAGAAAUAUGAAUGGUCAGAAUCGAUGUCAUGUGAACAGAAAGAUCACACUUUGAAACUACUUCAGAAAUACCACACUUUCUUUCCUAACAUCGGCGAGAAAGGGUCGUACUGGAAAGCGCUUGAAGCCAGUGUAUACGAAAUUGUUGCCUCGAAAGCCCUGAUGCUAUUUCCUUCUCUAUACAGAAAAGAUGAUGGCAACAGCGACUUUUUCCUAACAUGGAAGACCCCUGUCGUGCCCAUGCAGUCUCCAGACGAAUCAAAGGUGGGAUAUUUCAACACAGUGCCAAGCCAAAUGAGUGACAACUACACAUUACCUAGCUACUUGAAAGCUGAGAAUCAAGAAAAUGUGAAAAAACUGAAGGAGACAUUGAUCGAAAUCACAUAUUCAAUACUAGAGUCUCCGACAUGGGUAAUGUACCAUCUCCGUAAUGCUUGCAACCAUCUCAAUCAGGAAACGAUGAACCCUGAGUCAGGAAACUAUGAAGUUCUUGAAGUUUUACCUUCAAAUGUGGUGUGUUUUCUUGGCGGAGACAACCCCCUUCAGAGGCAAUUACCAAUGCCACUUUCAAAGUCAAGGAUCCAAGACGAGAAGAGACUGAUGGGACUCAUUAAUUACUGCAAGAAGGGAACAAAAUCUAACUUCAAAGACAAUCUCCACGGACUACCAUUGCUCUUCACUCAGGAUGGGAACUUGAGGAGGUUAUCACGUGAUGAGCGAGUCUUUGCAUCAGAAUUCUGCGAUCUUUUCAAGCCUCAGAGUCAUAGGUUUCUACAAAUCGACUUUCUAGACACUCUACCACGAAAUGCCGAUGUCUUUUGUAAGCUUGAUGUGAGAGCAGUUUCUGCGCUUCUUGAUGAUUGCCACCCUUAUCUCGAAUGUGCUUCAGAUGAAAUAAUAACGCUCCAGAACAACCUUUCAUCUGAAUGGUUUGAACGUUUGUGGAGUCUUCUUGAAUCCUUUUGCACAAAGACGAACAAGUUGACUGAUGUUGCUCACGAUAUCAGAGCUGAACUUGGCCGUUGGGCAAUAUUACCUGUCACUGAAACAAAAACUCGGUAUCCUCAGGAAAUUAAGCUUGUGGCACCUAUCAGUUUAUCCUCUACGAUAAUAGUCCAACCAACCAAGUCGGAUUAUUGGCCAAUCUACUCCGCACUCGAAUCACUGAACGUCUACAAGGUCGAAAAAUUCAUUCUUCGCGAAGACAAGAAUAGCUUAAUACAUCAUCUCGUCACACAUAGGGGUGCUAGCACGAGGGUUUUAGAUGCUUUGAUGUACUGGGUUGAUAGAGACGUCGGGAGAUUCAGUAACCUCAUAGCUCAUCAACAUGAAGAAAUCCUGAGAUUCUUCAGUAACUGUGGAAGCCCAGCUGAUCUCAAGAGGUUGAAGAGCCUGCCUUGCUUCAUGUCUAUUGCAGGUGACUUUGUCAGUAUCAGAGGUUUUGACACAGUUCUUGUCCUCCCAAGUGGGAUUCCGAAAGAAGAACAAGAUAAAUGGGUUAGUACCACAAGCGCUAUAUUUCUACAGUACAACGUAUCGCUUGCAUCUCUAUACAAGAAGCUAGAAUUGUCUAAUACAACAGAGAUUGAUGUGUAUGAAAAGUACAUUCUGUUGGUCUUUGACCAACUCAGCGAGGACAGUCGUCUUGAACAUCUUGUGCGGAUCAAAGAAUUACUACCACAGCUACCCCCUCAUAACACAGAGAGGUCCCUUAGUGAAGCUAGGAAGGAAGCUAUUUGGAGAUUAGGAUUAAGCAACCUGCGUUUCAUAGCUGGUUCAAAUGGAAAACUGCUGAAGGCCAAGGACUUCUAUGACCCAGAAGUCAAGAUAUUUGCUCUAAUGUGGAACGAGGUCCAGCUUCCACCAAAGCGCAUCAUAGAUUGUUUAGGCCAUGCAUUCCUUCGAGAAAUAGGACUACAAGUUGUUAUUACCAGAGACCUAUUCCUCUCCUUUGCCCAGCAGGUGCAGGUAUCACACUCUGACCUUAAGGAGAUGAAAGAGAAGUCCAAUGCCCUUGUGUCGGAAUUGAGAAGGAGAUGUGAUCUUCACAAAGACCCUUCUUUCCUACAGCGAGUCGGUAUGGUUGACUUUCUUGUGAGUGACGGGUUCAACACAGAGAUGAAAUCUAUCCACCCACCCUUCAUGAAUAAAGGAACUCUCAUGAGGUAUUCUGGAUCAAGUUCUUUCGAACACAUACGACUGUUAUGGUCCACCAACAUCGUCUUGCCAUAUUAUACGGCUUCUGGGAAAUGCUUCCCUUGUGGUAUAAGUAUCCAUGAGAAAAUGAGCGUUACACAGGACCCUGAAUUUAUGAGUGUUUUCCAACAUUUACGGAAUAUAUGUGACAGACUCCAACAGAAGAAUGACAAGAAGAUAUCUCACCCUGAAUAUCUAGCUAGUGUACUACAGGACAUAUUAACAUUCGUUUCCUCCAUGUGCGCAGGACAAAACUGCUCUCAGGAAGACCCCUGUGAAAGGUGCUGUAUCAUCAGAGAUGAGUUGCGAAACGUUCCCAUCGUCUUUUUGGAGCUCGAGGAUGAGCAUCGCUUAGUCAAAGCAGAACAGAUAUCACGUACGAUGGAAGGAAAUCUAGAGCCUUUUCUCUACCAGCUGCCAAACAAGUGGGUUCCUUUCUUCAAGUUAUUUCAAAUACUUGGUGGAACGGUGAAACCUUCCAUACGCCAAUAUGCUUUUGUUCUUGAAAGCCUCUACGAAAGGGGACAGAGUGCAUGGUCAAACCCGAAUGUAGCAAAAAUGGUAGACAGGGCCACGUGUGGCCUUUAUGAAGAGUUAAUAAAGACCGAUUCUUCACAGAUAGCUGCUGCAUUUGUUCCCGGACACUCCCUGUAUCUACCUUCAUGUCAGCAAAGUUUGGAACGAUCAGAUCGCCUUCUAGUGAAUGAUGUCGACCACUACUCAAACCGACUCCGUAGAUCUAAUCAACUACUCGUCAAGAUCUAUCCAAGUCAUGAACAAAUCGCACAAGAAGCUAUCGCCAGGCUUCCUGAAAGGAUGAAACCGAAAGCAGUAAGCACGGAAGUGAAAGAAAUGUUGAGCAAGACUGGUAACAAUUCACGAAAGUGUUGUUACUUAACUAGAAACGAACCGUGUGAGUUUGGAAGAAGACUUCAAAUCCUGCAGUCAAAGGAGUUUCUUGAGGCGGUUUGCUCCAUCAUGAGACACAACAGGCGGGCAGUUGACGAGGAGACCAGGAAACAAUUUAGAGAUCGCCUCACUAGACUGAAGAUUACAUGUAUCCAGCAGUUACAUUCGAUUAUGCAAAUCAAUGGCCAAGACAUAGAAGGUAGUGAAACCGAAGUGCCUUCCUUCAUCAACAGUGACAAUGAGCUGUUUGUACAACAUAGUGAAGGAGAACAUAGAAUGGAAACACUAUUAAGUGUUGCAAUCCAUGUCAACCAAGUCCUUGGAAAUGUGUUUGAGGAUAAAUAUAUUUCUAUCCUGCUAUCUCAAGAAUAUCCAGCUACCAUACCGAAAGCACUAGCGAGGUUCGGCAUUGCUCAAGAAAUAAUGGAAGAUGACACAAGUUUCGAGUUGCCUAAUCCUGGAAGUACCAUUCCAGAAAAAAUCUACCAUCUCAUAGAACACGACCCCUGGACGUCUUUCAGCACAGGUGAUUAUGUAGGAUACGCACAAACCGAUGACGACGGUGACUACUACAUAUACGCAGUGAUCGUCGAGAAGAUACGCAACGAGUCGCUCGAGUCAGUUUAUCUCAUCGAAAUAGGAAAGGACAGCCCGAUAGAAGCCAAUGUGUUGGACAUGCACAAGAUCCACAUCCCGAAGUCCAUAUCAGGUAUGGAGUUUGUUCCAUCUGACCAAGUAAACUCAAAUGGUGCUGGACCGUGUCUUUCUGGUCAUCGGGAAUCAUCUCUUCUAACGGAUGUUGAAAAGGCAAAAAGAAAGGUUACCGCAGAAUUGGAGGAGAUCUGGCAGCUGGCACCGGAACUGACAAAGAAGGCUCUCCCCCGAUUGAAACUAAAAUGGCAUCCACGCGAGCACCCAGAAGGUCCGAAAAAAAUGUUUGUCGAAGCAUCCGAACAUCUCCAGAGCGAGCUACAAAGACUAGGAAAGGGUCUUUCAAAAACAAGUUCAUCGUAUGAAGACCUUUUUAAAUCACCAGAGCAGAGGGCAAGGGAAGACCAACGACGGUAUACUGAAUCCGGAGGAUUUGAAUCAGGAUUUUCUGGAGGAGCAGGUUUUGGAGGAAGAGGGGCUAGAGGGAGUUCUGGAUCAGCUAACUGGAAUAUCUUCACUGAGGCUUUGAGAUCACCAGAUAUCCGCAAUGCACGCCGUUGGCUUCGCCAGGGACAAGAAGAUCUCCGUGCUGCCCAACACGAUCUUAACCCACACGAUGAGCCUUCACUAGAGUGGGUGGCGUACAAGUGCCACCAGAGUGUAGAAAAGGCCCUCAAAGCUGCUCAACUUGCCAUCAGAGGAUUGUACGAUUUUACCCAUAACAUUAUCAGUCUAGCCCGUGAAGUGAGUGAACACUUAAAAUCAUCAGAAUUUCUCCAGGACGUGCGCCAGCUCAGUUCUCUCGUGGGUGAUCAACGGGCUCGGUACCCGGAUAGAUGCGCCUCCUCACAGAUUCCUCACGAGGUCUUUAGCGACCAAUCCAAAGGUGAGGAAAUGAUCCAGCUCACCCGUAAAAUUCUUGCAGUGGUUCAAACAUCAUUGGUUCCGUCCAGAUCAUGAACACUAGGUUCGAAGUAUACGUAUCUAGGUAUACACAACUAUCAUUUUCGUUUCCACUGCUUUUACAUAAACGACGUAUACCUGCAUUGUGGAAUCGAAGCAAGACGUGAGUGACCAUAUUCUUCUAGUGACUCUUGCGAGAAGAUUUGUACUUCUGAAAGCGGUAACAGUAUUUGUAAUCGCGCUAAAUAAACCAGUUUGUGAUUAGCCCAUUAUACGCCUGACCCCCAAUAUCCACAGAUCUUUUACACAUGUAGCUCUCCGACUUUGUGCACUUUAGAAUUAUCCCUGCCAAAGUCAUGGAUGUACAUCUCUCAGCCCUCUUGAGAGUGAUGCUUCCACCGAUGUUCCUUUGAACUGUCGGUGCAUACGUGAAUAAUGAUGACGCAACUUUCAUGAGCACGUAUCCAAUAUUCGUCUGAUCUCUAUCUGCACAUGCGCAGAAUCUACCUAUGUAAUGGCUUAUUAAUAUCACUUUUGACUAAAAACCAAUCGAAUAAUAUUAAAUUCGGUAGAUUUAUGAAUUGACUACUGAUGCCAUCAGGCCCUUUUCUUCCUCUCACACUGGUCGAUAUCUUAUUUCUUUAACUUAUGUAUC